CAGUUUUCUCUCAGAUGCGCUUGGAGCGCACUGGAGAGUAGAUCGGGGAAAGGGAAGGGGACUGCCGGUAGCUACAAUAGCUAGUAUAUAAACACAAAUUUAAAAAGCACAUUGAGUAGCAAGACACGGUGGUCACUGGGAAACCGCCAUCGGACAAGUUCCGGUCACCAUUGGGUGCCAGGAGAGUCUUGGUGGCGUUUCAGAGGUGUUCCUUCUUACAAAGCGGCGUGCCGGGGGAGGACGCGUCUCUUUGAAUAGUCAGGAUGCACGGACCGCCUUCCAGCGACAGCGCAUGCCCAUUGCGCCUCAUCAAGAGAGUGCAAUUCGGCGUCCUCAGCCCUGAUGAACUUAAACGGAUGUCCGUUACUGAAGGGGGCAUCAAGUACCCUGAGACUACAGAAGGAGGGCGCCCUAAACUGGGGGGACUUAUGGACCCCCGGCAAGGGGUAAUUGAGAGAUCAGGCAGAUGCCAGACGUGUGCAGGUAACAUGACUGAGUGCCCUGGUCAUUUCGGUCACAUUGAGCUGGCAAAGCCAGUUUUUCAUGUUGGCUUCAUCACAAAGAUCAUGAAGGUCCUCCGCUGUGUCUGUUUCUUCUGUUCGAAACUGCUUGUGGACGCGAACAAUCCAAAAAUCAAAGACAUCUUGACCAAGUCGAAGGGGCAGCCACGUAAGCGUCUGACCCACGUCUAUGACCUCUGUAAAGGCAAAAACAUUUGUGAGGGUGGAGAGGAGAUGGACAACAAAUUUGGAGUUGAGCAGCAGGACACAGAAGAAGACCUCACCAAAGAGAAGGGUCAUGGAGGCUGUGGCAGGUACCAGCCGCGUAUCCGUCGCUCUGGCCUGGAGCUGUAUGCUGAGUGGAAGCACGUGAAUGAAGACUCACAGGAGAAGAAGAUCCUCCUCAGUCCUGAACGUGUGCAUGAGAUCUUCAAACGCAUUUCAGAUGAAGAGGACAUGAUCUUGGGUAUGGACCCCAAAUAUUCCCGUCCUGAGUGGAUGAUCGUCACAGUGUUGCCCGUGCCCCCUCUUGCUGUGAGACCAGCUGUGGUCAUGCAGGGCUCUGCUAGAAACCAGGAUGAUUUAACACACAAGUUGGCUGACAUUGUGAAGAUCAAUAACCAGCUGAAGCGAAAUGAGCAGAGUGGAGCUGCAGCACAUGUUAUAGCAGAGGAUGUCAAGCUGCUUCAGUUCCACGUGGCCACUAUGGUAGACAAUGAACUGCCAGGUCUACCUAGGGCAAUGCAAAAGUCUGGUCGUCCACUAAAAUCUAUCAAGCAGAGGCUAAAGGGUAAGGAAGGACGUGUCAGAGGUAAUCUGAUGGGGAAGCGUGUAGACUUCUCUGCCCGAACUGUCAUCACGCCGGACCCCAACUUGCAGAUCGACCAGGUCGGGGUUCCCCGUUCCAUCGCCGCAAACAUGACCUUCCCCGAGAUCGUCACACCCUUUAACAUUGACAGACUGCAAGAGCUUGUGAGGAGAGGUAACAGUCAGUACCCUGGAGCCAAAUAUAUCAUCCGAGACAACGGGGACAGAAUUGACCUGCGAUUCCACCCUAAGCCAAGUGACCUUCACCUUCAGAUUGGAUACAAAGUUGAAAGGCACAUGUGUGAUGGAGACAUUAUUGUGUUCAACAGACAGCCUACGUUGCACAAAAUGUCUAUGAUGGGCCACAGAGUGCGAAUCUUGCCAUGGUCGACAUUUCGACUCAACCUUAGUGUGACAACCCCAUACAAUGCUGACUUUGACGGCGAUGAGAUGAACCUGCACUUGCCACAGUCUCUGGAGACCCGUGCUGAGAUCCAGGAGCUGGCCAUGGUGCCUCGUAUGAUCGUCACACCACAGUCCAACAGACCCGUCAUGGGUAUUGUGCAGGACACCCUGACAGCUGUGCGCAAGUUUACCAAGAGAGAUGUCUUCUUAGAGAGGGGUGAGGUUAUGAACCUCCUCAUGUUUCUCUCCACAUGGGAUGGGAAAGUGCCCCAACCGGCUAUCUUGAAGCCUCGACCUCUCUGGACUGGCAAACAGAUCUUCAGCCUGAUCAUCCCUGGGCACAUUAAUGCCAUCCGCACACACAGCACUCACCCUGAUGAAGAGGAUAGCGGCCCUUAUAAACACAUCUCCCCUGGAGACACUAAGGUGAUUGUGGAGAACGGUGAGCUGAUCAUGGGGAUCUUGUGUAAGAAGUCACUGGGAACCUCAGCUGGCUCUCUUGUCCACAUCUCAUACCUUGAGAUGGGCCAUGACAUCACACGACUCUUCUAUUCCAACAUCCAGACUGUUGUCAACAACUGGCUGCUUAUUGAGGGCCACUCUAUUGGUAUUGGAGACUCCAUUGCCGAUAAGGCGACAUAUCAGGACAUUCAGAACACGAUUAAGAAAGCCAAACAGGAUGUGAUAGAGGUCAUUGAGAAAGCCCACAACAAUGAGUUGGAGCCCACCCCAGGUAACACUCUGAGACAGACCUUUGAGAACCAGGUCAACCGCAUCUUGAACGAUGCUCGAGACAAGACUGGAUCCUCUGCCCAGAAGUCAUUGUCUGAGUACAACAAUUUCAAAUCCAUGGUGGUGGCUGGUUCAAAAGGCUCUAAAAUUAACAUUUCUCAGGUUAUUGCUGUGGUGGGGCAGCAGAACGUUGAGGGUAAGCGAAUCCCCUUCGGUUUCAAGCACCGCACUCUCCCUCACUUCAUUAAGGAUGACUAUGGUCCAGAGAGUAGAGGCUUCGUAGAAAACUCCUAUCUGGCCGGUCUCACACCAACUGAGUUUUUCUUUCACGCCAUGGGAGGCAGAGAGGGUCUGAUCGACACAGCUGUCAAAACUGCUGAGACAGGUUAUAUUCAGCGUCGUCUGAUCAAGUCUAUGGAGUCUGUUAUGGUAAAGUAUGAUGCUACAGUCAGAAACUCCAUAAACCAAGUUGUCCAGCUGAGGUAUGGAGAGGAUGGUCUGGCAGGAGAGGCUGUCGAGUUCCAAAACAUGGCUACCCUCAAGCCAUCCAACAAAGCCUUUGAGAAGAAGUUCAAAUUUGACUACACCAAUGACCGAGCUCUCCGCCGCACUCUACAGGAAGAUGUGGUGAAAGAUGUGAUGACCAAUGCCCAUGUCCAGAGUUCUCUAGAGAGAGAGUUUGAGAAGAUGAAGGAAGACCGAGAGAUCUUGAGGGCUAUUUUCCCCACAGGAGACAGCAAGGUGGUACUACCGUGCAAUUUGGCCAGAAUGAUCUGGAAUGCUCAGAAGAUUUUCCGCAUCAAUCCUCGAACACCAACUGACCUCAACCCAGUACGAGUAGUGGAAGGAGUUUAUGACUUGAGUAAGAAGCUGGUAAUUGUAAAUGGUGAAGACCAGUUAAGCAGGCAAGCUCAGGAGAAUGCCACUCUGCUCUUCAACAUCCACCUGCGCUCCACCCUGUGCUCCAAGCGAAUGACUGAGGAGUUCCGUCUUAGUACAGAGGCUUUUGAAUGGCUGCUGGGAGAAAUAGAGACCAAAUUUAACCAGUCCAUUGCUCACCCUGGUGAGAUGGUAGGUGCUCUGGCUGCCCAGUCUCUGGAGAGCCUGGGAGAGCCUGCUACUCAGAUGACCCUGAAUACAUUCCACUACGCCGGUGUGUCCGCCAAAAAUGUCACUCUCGGUGUGCCUCGACUCAAAGAGCUUAUCAACAUCUCCAAGCGACCCAAGACCCCCUCCUUGACCGUCUUUCUCCUGGGCCAAGCGGCCCGUGAUGCAGAGAGGGCCAAAGAUAUCCUGUGUCGGUUGGAGCACACAACCCUGCGCAAAGUCACUGCCAACACAGCCAUUUAUUAUGACCCCAACCCUCAGAACACUGUGGUGACUGAGGAUCAGGAGUGGGUCAACGUGUAUUAUGAGAUGCCUGACUUCGACGUGACCCGCAUUUCACCCUGGCUGCUGCGUAUCGAACUUGACCGCAAACACAUGACUGACCGUAAACUGACUAUGGAGCAGAUUGCAGAGAAGAUCAAUUCAGGAUUUGGUGAUGACCUCAACUGCAUCUUCAAUGAUGACAAUGCUGAGAAACUGGUUUUGCGAAUCCGCAUCAUGAACAGUGAUGAGAACAAGUUUCAAGAGGAUGAGGAGGUAGUGGAUAAGAUGGAUGACGAUGUCUUCCUUCGCUGCAUCGAAUCGAACAUGCUGACAGAUAUGACACUGCAAGGCAUUGAACAGAUCAGCAAGGUGUACAUGCAUCUACCACAGACUGACAACAAGAAGAAAAUCAUCAUUACAGAAGAGGGAGAGUUUAAAGCCUUGCAAGAGUGGAUCCUGGAAACGGAUGGAGUCAGUCUUAUGAGGGUCCUCAGUGAGAAGGACGUGGACCCUGUCAGAACCACCUCCAAUGACAUUGUGGAGAUUUUCACUGUUCUUGGUAUUGAGGCUGUGCGUAAGGCUCUUGAAAGAGAGUUGUACCACGUCAUCUCUUUCGACGGUUCUUACGUUAACUACCGCCAUCUUGCCUUGCUUUGUGACACGAUGACCUGCAGGGGUCACUUGAUGGCAAUCACUCGUCACGGUAUCAACAGGCAGGACACUGGUCCGCUGAUGAAGUGCUCUUUUGAAGAGACGGUGGAUGUGUUGAUGGAAGCCUCAUCUCAUGGUGAAUGUGACCCAAUGAAAGGAGUGUCUGAGAAUAUCAUGCUGGGACAGCUGGCGCCUGCAGGCACUGGUUGCUUUGACCUGCUGUUGGAUGCUGAGAAGUGCAAGUAUGGCAUGGAGAUUCCCACCAAUAUCCCUGGUAUCAGUGUCGCAGGACCCACGGGUAUGUUCUUUGGCUCUGCCCCCAGCCCCAUGAGUGGCAUGUCUCCUGCCAUGACUCCCUGGAACACAGGAGCCACUCCUGCAUACGGUGCCUGGUCUCCCAGUGUUGGAAGCGGAAUGACACCAGGUGCUGCAGGCUUCUCUCCCAGCGCUGCAUCUGAUGCCAGCGGCUUCUCGCCUGGCUAUUCUCCUGCCUGGUCUCCUACUCCUGGUUCUCCUGGAUCCCCUGGACCAGCUAGCCCUUAUAUCCCCUCACCAGGAGCCUUGUCUCCGAAUUACUCUCCAACUUCUCCUGCCUACGAGCCUCGUUCUCCUGGUGGAUACACCCCGCAGAGCCCUGGUUACUCUCCGACUUCUCCAUCAUACUCUCCGACUUCGCCAUCUUAUUCUCCCACCAGUCCGAACUACAGCCCCACAUCUCCGUCCUACUCGCCCACAUCACCCUCCUACUCUCCGACUUCGCCAUCUUAUUCUCCAACAUCUCCAAGCUACUCUCCGACUUCACCGUCUUACUCUCCGACUUCACCGUCUUACUCCCCGACUUCACCGUCUUACUCGCCAACAUCCCCCAGCUAUAGCCCAACGUCCCCCAGCUACAGCCCAACCUCACCGAGUUACAGUCCCACGUCUCCAUCUUAUUCCCCAACUUCUCCAUCUUAUUCCCCGACCUCCCCGUCUUACUCUCCCACCUCUCCAAGCUACUCUCCAACCUCCCCAUCUUAUUCGCCAACAUCUCCGAGCUACAGUCCCACUUCGCCCAACUACACGCCCACCUCGCCAAGUUACUCUCCAACCUCUCCAUCUUACAGCCCAACCUCACCUUCCUACUCUCCCACGUCUCCCAAUUACACCCCAACCAGUCCGAAUUAUUCCCCCACAUCUCCUUCUUACUCCCCAACUUCGCCGUCCUACUCUCCAUCCAGUCCACGUUACACCCCACAGUCUCCCACUUACACCCCUAGCUCACCCUCUUACAGCCCAAGCUCUCCAUCCUACUCCCCCACAUCUCCAAAAUACACUCCCACCUCCCCUUCCUACAGUCCCAGCUCUCCCGAAUAUACCCCAACAUCCCCCAAAUAUUCCCCCACUUCCCCGAAGUACUCGCCCACUUCGCCCAAAUACAGUCCCACUUCUCCAACCUACUCCCCAACUACGCCCAAGUACAGCCCCACUUCCCCUACUUAUUCUCCAACUUCUCCUACCUACACCCCAACCAGCCCCAAAUAUUCCCCCACCUCUCCGACUUACUCUCCAACUUCUCCCAAAUACUCACCCACAUCCCCUACCUACUCUCCAACUAGUCCGAAGGGCUCCACCUACAGCCCCACUUCUCCCGGCUACAGCCCCACCUCUCCAACCUACAGCCCAGCCAUCAGCCCUGACGACAGCGAUGAAGAAAAUAAUUAAAGAUGGUUGGCGUCUGGGUUUGUCCUACUUCCCUGAUUGGCACUCUGACCCCGGGAUAAAGACUGAAGGAAAGCCACUCAGCUGGGGUUGUUGUGGUUUACAGGGAAGGCUGAGGAAACUGGGAUCCCACAUGUGACAUCCUCCUUUUUGAUUUUUCUCUUUUGGACUUCUUGAACAGUUCUUAAAUAGCCUCACUAAACAGGCUUCAGUGGUUGAAUCUGUUAUGUCAGAGGUUUGAACUACAAGCCAAACAAGGCUGCCUUUGUAUUGACCAUUUUCAUCACUCUAAGUUUAGAGGGAGAACCAUUACUAAAAAUUGGUGGAAAGUUGCAGGAGAUUGACUGCUUUUGGAGCAGAAAGAUCAUUUUGUUGUCCUCCUCUUUCCAUCCAGUAAUUUCUAUCUCCCUUACUUUCUCUCAAAAAUUCAGUGUUGGAUGUAAAGGAAAUCUAAGAAGUAUUGCCAAAAGCCUUCAAACAGAAAACAGUGGAUUGUAUCUAAAAAAAAAAGUUUCAAAUGAAACCUUGAACAAUAUCUAUAACGUAAAUGGAAAGGGGGAUAAACUAACCUUUCUCACAUUUUACAACUUUUUGUUUCAUCUUCAGUGUAAAUAAGUGCUUGCUCGCAGUUUUGAUUCAUUAUUCCAGGUCAGAACUGAGAACUGUUUAAAUAUUAAUGUUGAUUUUCUGUCUAAUUUGAGUUCACUUAUGUUAUUUCUAAAGAAGCAGGAGGUUCAAAAUGGCUGUUUAUUAGAAACGUGUUAAAGAAAGCUGACACAGUGUGCAGAUUAAAAAUGUCUUGUAAUACUGUAAUCUAAUGUAUGCCGGCCCAUGGCAUGGUUAAAAGUCUUGUGUAGUGAUUGCCCUCUUCAAGAAUCGGAGAGAGGGAACGGAUGCUUGAUUUGAGGCAUUCACUUUCUAGUCAAUUGUCCCCAAAAGAUGCAAGCCUUAUCCUUCACCAGCAUCUGCCCAGUAAUUUACAAUUUAAAAAAAAAAAAAAAAAAAAAGGUGGUAACCAGCAGUCUUGUACCUCUGAGUACACAGUGGAGUGUGAAGUUGCUACAUUUUUGGUGUUAUUUUUCUUUUAUUCUGAGUGAGGUUGGAGCACAGCUUUACAAUAAGAUGCACCAUGAUUUUUUUUUUUUUUUUAAACCCCCUUGGUUCAAAUCUUAUGAGUCCAUCCUUGUCCUCAGCACUUAACCCUUUAAUAUAAGAAAGUGUGUAAUUGUUUUUUUCUGAUAUUUGCAUAAUUUUAACUGAUAAUAUCUUGUGAAUUUCUGAGGAAAAGCAUUUAUUUUACACUGUUUCUUGUGCUGGCUUCAUUGUCGUUGGGUCAGCUUUGCUUUUUGGAUUAAGUGCGGGGGGGUGGGGGUGCAGUUUGGUUUGCUUCCUUUCGAUAAUGCACCGUUUCAUAUCUGGCGUCAUUUUACCCCUAGACUUUGAGAUAACUUGUUAACCUAAAUUUCGUCAGCUGAUUCUGAAUCGUCGUAUGCUUGAACAGUAGAGGGCGACAGAGACCGAUUUGACUCGUUAGAGCCAUUGAGAUCUUUUUGAGUGUUACCUAUUUAAAACCUGAACGCAAGAGGCUACUGUGGUCCCCUCAACUCACUCUUUCAACUGGACAGUGGUAGUUGGAGGACUUGUAAAAGACUUUAUUGCUCUUGCACAUUUCGGCUUUAGAUUUAAGGCCUUAGAUCUCACAUGACAGUCUCAUUAAUGCCCUUAUUUGCCUUCAGUUUCAUGGAUAUUUCAAACAAGUCCAGUUAAUACUCAAUACCCAGGCUCCCAGUAAGAGUGUGUGCGAGUGUGCGAGUGUGUGUGCAUGAAAGCAUAAAUGGAAAAGACAGGGUUUUCUUGAGUUUGAGUGAUAACUGGGUCGGGUUUAUGACGAAAGGACAAUUUAAAUUAAGAGAAAUUGCCACUGUAUAGACAUCAAUCUGAUACUUCAUUCUCUGUUUUGUUUGUUUUUUGACUUGAAAAAUAAAAAGUUUGACUAAA